AUGAAAAUGAAAACUGGGACUCAAAGUGAGGCCACGCUGGACGUAACCCGCGCGCUGGAGACGAUGCGGCUGCGGCGUCCAAUGACCGGGGCGCCUUAUGAAUUUGAUAUCGAUCAUCCCGGAACAGCGUCCGGAUAUCCCGUAUGGGCCCUCAAUCACGCUGGCACGGCGCUCUCCGCGGACUGGCCCACUGGGCGCGGCCGCGAGAGCGGAGAUUUGAGGUACUCUUGCCAGAUUGCCGACCACGACUGA